AGCAUCAACUGUACCAACAGACGAAGAAGAAAAUCCGUUCUAAGCCAAGAUAAACAUCUUUCUGAUGGCAGACGUUGUUGUGUAAGAGCUAGCGCUUCGAUUCCCUCCCUUCCAUUAUCUGUCGUCGUAUUAUUGCUCGUUGGUUGUCUCGCUAAAUGUUGUCCUGUACUACGUGUCUCUGUAUCACUGCACCCGUCAGCUCAGGGAACGACCUUUGCUCUCUCGCUCAUAAUCUAGCUGUCAUGUCAGAGCAACACAAUGAAUUUGGCCCAAUUGACAUGGCUCUCAGUGCCGAAGAGAUCGAUGAUCUUGUUUCGCAGUUCAGGUUGCGCACCUCAGAUCGGCGACUCUCACAUCAGCAGAUGCAAAAGUUCUUUCGUGAACUGCCUAGCAUCACCGAAGCAGAAUUAACAGCAGACGGGAAACAUGAUGCGGCCUGUCCCAUAUGUUUCAAUGCCUUCGUUGCCGUCCUCGCAGAGGAGGAGACAGCGAGGACCAUGGAUUCACCUGCUCGUCCUGCGGAGGAGUUAGGUGUGACGAGAUUGCAAAAGACAUGUGGACAUAUGUUCUGUCGCAAGGACAUCAUGAGAUGGAUUUCGGAGGGGCAUGCGUCUUGUCCAAAUUGCCGAAGACCACUAUUACCGGACGCGGAACGCCGCGAAAGCGAGUCCCGGCCAACGGCGAGCGACUGGUUUCUUUCACACAUCGCGGACUCUGGUAUAAGCGUCCGAGGUUUGAAUAUUAAUCAAUCUCGAAGGCAGAAUGGGCCUCCAGAGGGUUUGUACUCGUGAGCUUUUCUCAGGAGUCAUUAGGAGUACCUAUUUGUGGUAUAUCGAAUAACAGCUAUCUACCCCUGCGGUGCGGGGAGGUUACCCGUAGAGAAGGAAUGUCAUCAGAAGGUAUUCAUAGAUGUCCAAGAUGCCAAU